UACAUUAUAACAUUUAAUGAAAUCUUUUAAUUUUAUUAUUUAUAGCAUCCAUUUGAAUGCUGUUGUGAAAUCUGACACUUUUAUUACACUAUAUCUGUUUUAUAGCAAGCAAAGAGAUACUUCAUGUGAUCCAUCCACAUUUGAUGUGAAAGUAGUGCAGGGCCACACACCCGUAGAUGGGACGCUGUGGACGUGCAGCAUGUCUGGGUUCAGCAUUAAAGCCGCUCCACUAUUUCUUUUUGUAAUGGUAAAGUCAUUGGUGUCUGCUCCCUCAGGAAUAAAACAUUACAAGAACAUGUCGCAGUUUGAAUUUGGUUUCAACAAACUGCUCUUCGGAGACCUUAGACGUUUACGUUACUAUAGAAACGGCAUCUCGGGGCGUUCGUACAAAGUUUAAAACAUUUAGAAAACGUUAAAGACACAACUGUUCAGAGACAACCGGGAGCGAUGGACCGUAGGAGCAUCGGGUAUGAGCCGCAUUCACUGAGGAGCUCCCGGUAGCUCGGUGCGCACUGACGGGAGCCUUAUGUCUCCGUGCGCGUGUGUGUCCCCCGGCCCCCGGCCUUAUGUCUCCGUGCGCGUGUGUGUCCCCAGGCCCCCGGCCUUAUGUCUCCGUGCGCGUGUGUGUCCCCAGGGUCCCGGCCCCGGCAGCAGAGGCGUCAGAUGACUGCAGCCCCUUCCUCUGGGACUUCCUGCGGCUCCGCCGGACCGACCAAGCGCUGGAUGAGCAGACGGAGCAGCGCAGACAGAUAUUGAAUAGUUUGGUGCAGCCCAGGAAUGAAUUGCAUGCAGAGAUCCAGAAAUUGCAGGAUGCACCUUUAAUCCAUUAUCUGCAGGAGGAAGACGCUGGUAGGCUUUUGAAGGAAGCAGAGAGGGAGACGGGAGUGAUGCUCCAAUUGGACGCGGAGCUGGAGAGGCUGAAACUGGUGUAUGCUGAGAAGAUGGAGAACAAAAAGGAGCAAGAGCGUCUGAUUCAGAAAGGCUUUGUGUGUAAGCUCUUCAUGGGGCAGGCCAUCGGGCUGACUAAGUUUGAGAAUGUGAAGGAGCUCACGGAUCAUGUGGAGAAUCUUCUCUACGUACGAGACCUAUACCAGAAGAAGGAGGAAAAGGCGAGUGAGCAGGUGGACCGGCUGCGAACGUCACUGGUGACACUGAGGAGCAAUCGGCGCCUGCCACGUCUGGAGAAGAAAAACCGCCUGACGCAGCUCUACAGGGAUUUAGAGAAGAUGCGCGCUCAAACUCUGCACUGGGAAAGCAAGUGGAACUACAUCCAGGAGACGACUGCGAGGAAAACACUGCUGCUGGGACGGAUUAAGAUGGCGACCCUUAACCUCUACGAAAUGACCAUCGACAGCGUGGAAGGAGACAUGGUCAGCGUUAUGAAUGACACAAAGACACAGCUCGAUGAGAUUGUUGCGUUCAUCAAGGACUAUGAAGACAUACUGGAAAAAUAUGUACAGAAAAUAGAACAGUCGAAGCGGCAACACAAGCCCAAAAGCUCUGUUGAACCACCAGUUGUUCUUAUGUAAAACCUGAAGGCCAUGGGUCAUUUAUCUCCUCUUUUGUUAUUAAUAUGGAAAUAUUAUAAGUUAUGAAACAGUUCCUAUUGUUUUAACUACACAUGGGAGGUUGAAUUCAUUAAACUGGAUAAAUCCCGUGCAUCAAAUUGGAACAUCAAAUAAACGGCUAAUGUUGGUGGUUCAUACCUCUGCUCGGAAUGUUCACAUGACAAACGAAUGGUGAUGAUUCAUCGAGAAGGUAUUUAUUUAUUUAAGGUUGAUUACGGAUCACAGUGCUGCAGUCCUUUAUGAAUGUGUACUUCACAACGAUACAAAAUAUUAGUGGCAAUACUUUGUUCAAAUCCAUGCACUCCAUCCAUAGGGCAGGAAAAGGUUUCUCCAGCUUCCUCACCCCCUUCCUUUCCUAAUCUAAUCCGAUCAGCUGCCAGUAGGCCUGAGAACCGGGAUGGUGUGGGUCAUGGUGUUGGGGUGUGAGAGUAAAAAGUGGAUAGAAUGGCAAGUGGACAUUAAAGAAAUGUGAGAGGAGAUGAAUUUAUACACCGACAGGCCCCGUGCAUACUACUAAUUAAUAACUAUUGGAGCAGGUAUUAAUAAAAUACCAAUAAAAUGUCUUGCUGAUUGAUGUGAGAAAAUGCUGAAAAUACAGGAUGGAGAAAUGCUGAAAUGAAUUGCUGAAAAAACACGAAUAACAUUUUCUUUGAUAUAACAGCAAUAGAAAUACUUGUUGUAUUGUUGCAUUAUUAGUAGUCGUUUCAGUAAUAUUAGUAUUUAUAGUAGUAGUUGGUGUAAUAGAAUAAUAGGUUGGUGAAGUAGUAGUUUCAGCAGUCUUUGAGCAACAUUCCAACAAUAAAACAGAAGUUGAAUAAAGAUUACCUGGGAUGCUGAACCAGCAUUCUGCUUCCGGUGGCACCCUUCAAAAUAAAACGAUCAAAUGACAUGACUAUGUGUUUCUAACAUGUCCACCGGUUUCCUAACAGUCUGUGUUUACGUAUUGCUGUGUUGUUACACAUGUAAUACCUGUGUGGGGAACGAUAGUUGAAAGAAUAUAAAAUAAUAAACCGAUGGGUGACGUCACGGUGGCCGCGCCCACUUCUUACGUCCGCCUUACAAGCGCA